AUGUCGUGGCUUUUCGGCUCCAGCACAGGCAACGCUGCCCAAGAACCCAUUCCCGCCCCCGUCCAAACCUCCCAGACUCAGACCGAGAAGCCCAAACCCUGCUGCGUAUGUAAACCCGAGAAAGCCGCCCGCGAUGACUGUAUGCUCUUCUCGAAGGGCGAGGAUCCCGCACAGGAGUGCAAAUCGACGAUUGAUCAGUAUAAGUCUUGCAUGGCGGGAUUCGGGUUUAAGAUCUAG